AGAACCAACCAAAGAUACCAGUUGAAUUAUCCUGAUGGAAAGCAAAGGAUAAGGGACCAACCUGAUCUUUCUGUCUGGUUCCAAAAGACACUGCAAAUGGACCUCCUAAGCAGGCUAGCUAGCUGCAACUAACAUAUCAAAGAGAUAAGGAAAGAGUCUUAUUACAGUAAGGAACUAUUACUAUGGCUUGCAGUUCACUUUUCUCACCCAACUUCACCGCUUUUUCCUCUCCAACACCAACUAGCCAUCAUUUAUGUUAUCACCCUCACCUUCCCUCUACAUCUCUUCAACGCAGCAAUAACAGGAGAGAAUUUCCACUUGCAUCUGUGGCUUCGAUUCCUUACCAACCAAUCAAUGUGGACUACCUAGAAGGGGAAUUCAGUGGCCAUGGGGUCACCUUCGAAGGUAUUGGUGAUAGUUGUGUUGCGAAGAUGGGGUUGGAUAAUGGCAGCCAAGCUACUCUAAUGCUUCCAAGUGGCUUGAUCACUUCUUACAAGGCUCCAAUGUGGCAUGGGGGCACAGUUGAGCUACUGCACACAUCGGUUUCUGAGGGAGAUGAGGGUGAGGCUGUGAUACAAGGAGGGGUGUCUUUAGCCAUCAACUGUGAAAGUGAUAAUGAAGUUUCAUGGUCUCCAAGUACUUGGGCUCUUCGUGAUAUCAGAGGCAAUUCGAAGAACUCUAUUAAGGUUGAGCUGAUAAGUAGAGAAAAUAUGGUUGAAACAAGACAUAUUGUGACUCUCCAAGAAGAUGUCCUAAGCUCAGAGAUUAGAGUCUCGAACUCAAAAUCAUCACCACUACGAUGGACAGGAUCUAUUAUAAGCCAUCUAACAGUUAGCAGUCCGGAUGCAACAUAUGCACUUGGAUUAGAAGGCUCAAAUUUUCUCAAAAUGCCACCCUUUUUGUCAAAUUUUGGUAUAAUUCCUCCAGAUUUUGACCUGGAAAAUGAUUCUUAUAUUGGCCAGCUAUGGAGUCAAAUGGAACUGAAAAUGUUUUUCAGUGGAUUGGGACAAAGAAAUCACAAGAAUGCUAGUGAAGCAGACAAAAAGCAGAGAGAAAGUGAAGAAAUGGAGGGUGAAGAGGAGGGGUAUAAGCAGUUAAAUGCGCAAAUGAGCAGGAUUUACACCAGUGCACCUAGAUUCUUCACACUCAUCGACAGGGGUAGAAGAAACUCAGUUGAGGUCGGAAGAGAAGGAUUUGAUGAAUUGUAUAUGUUCAGCCCUGGUUCAAGCCAUGAAAUCUAUGGCGAGUAUGCUUAUAUAUGUGUAGGUCAGUCAGCCACACUUAAACCCAUAAUCUUAGGUCCAGGAGAAGUGUGGCGAGGUUGCCAGCAUUUACACAACCCAAACAUGUAAACCAUCAUUAAGCAUGCUUUUAAAUUCAUCAAGUAAAUUUGCAUGCUUGUGAGUUGUGAAUGAAAGGAAUCACUGUUGGGUGUUGACUGCAAUAAUCAACAUUAA